CAUCGCUGGAGCUCAGAGGCAGAGGAACAAGAGGAGGAGGAGAGGACAUGCAGGGAUGAGGAUGCUGAGUGGAUCCAGUCUACUGUGAAGGGGCCGGCAGCGAGGACGAGACUCGACCCCAGGAUUGGAUAGCAGCGCCCACCGGAUGCUGACAGCCAGAUCCACCAGUUGUCACCCCAAACUCAGCUGCUCCUGUGUGCGCCAAACACGCUCCAACUCCCCGGGAAAAGAAGCUGAUGGAUCGCCCUGCUCAUCUCAGCUGACACUUCAAGAGCCUGAAACUUUAUCAACAACGUCAUCAUUAACAAAGAGACGCAGCAGAAGACAGCUGGAACCAUCACUUUAAUCUAAAAAAAAAUCAACUGAAACUCUGCCUCCUCUUCUCCAGGCCUCAGCUCUUACAGCGACCAUGUCUGUUGGACAUAAACAAAGGUAGUGCGAUGACUCAGGUCUGACCCUGGAGAUGCUGAAGAGACGAGACAUCGUCGCCAUCGUGUUGAUCGUGUUGCCGUGGACACUGCUCAUCACCGUUUGGCAUCAGAACACCAUCACUCCUCUGCUCGCUGCUCGAAAGGAUGACAGACGUGAUGGGCGCUCCGGCUCCAGGAACACUUUUGCUGUUAAAGAGUCCUGCUCUCUCCAGAACCGGGACAUCGUGGAGGUGGUGCGUACUGAGUAUGUCUACAGCCGACCUCCUCCGUGGUCGGACAUCCUGCCCACCAUCCACGUCAUCACCCCCACCUACAGCCGACCCGUACAGAAGGCCGAGCUGACCCGUCUGGCCAACACUCUGCUGCACGUCCCAAACCUGCACUGGAUCCUGGUGGAGGACUCUCAGAGGAGGACCACACUGGUCAGCAGACUCCUGCAAGAGACGGGACUCAACUACACUCACCUAAACGUGGAGACGCCCAGGAACUAUAAAGUCAGAGGGGACACCAGGGAUCCCAGAAUACCACGGGGCACCAUUCAGAGGAACCUGGCCCUGCGAUGGCUCAGGGAGACGUUUGGGGUGAACAGCAGUCAGACGGGGAUCGUCUACUUUGCAGAUGACGAUAAUACCUACAGUCUGGAGCUGUUUGAUGAGAUGCGUUCCACUAAAAAGGUGUCAGUGUGGCCCGUAGCCUUCGUCGGCGGCCUUCGUUAUGAAUCCCCUAAAGUCAACGUCUUUGGAAAAGUGUACGGCUGGAAGACGGUGUUCGACCCCCACAGGCCGUUUGCUAUCGACAUGGCGGGGUUUGCAGUGAACCUGCACCUCAUUCUGUCUAAACCUCAGGCUUAUUUUAAACUGCGAGGAGUGAAGGGAGGUUAUCAGGAGAGCAGUUUAUUAAAGGAGCUGGUCACCCUCAGCGAUCUGGAGCCCAAGGCUGCCAACUGCACCAAGGUUUUAGUAUGGCACACACGGACCGAGAAGCCUGUGCUGGUAAACGAGGGCAAGAAAGGAUUUACAGACUCCAAUGUGGAGAUAUGACAGACUUCAUCUGACACAGAAGAGACGUUUCUUCAUCGUCCUCCACCUGGAUUCACAUCCUCAGAGCUUCUUAAAGCAAUAGCCGGGGUCAGAAAUCUAACCACAGCACUGUAGCUGAUCCUCACCACAGCUUAGGAAUGGAGGCACACACCAGUCCAGCCCGGGAGGACACACAAGCCAUGUGCGUGAUCCGGCCACAGAGUAUCAAAGCACAACAGCACAAACACAAACCGGCUUGUUCUGCUCGGAGCGCUGGCUGAUGCGAGACACUGGUUUGAGGUGCCAAAAGGAGCCUGCCAACUGAUGUCUCCCUGGAGAGAUGAGACAAAGGAUGCUGCGCGAUUUCAAACUGCAUGGAGAGAUGGCACGGCAAGCAAUAAAGAGCCCUGUGAGUGCAGAGAACACCAGCCUACCAUCCAAUUAGCAUUAAAUAGGGCUCUUUUGUUGUGGAGCGAGCUGGCUGUCGGGCACAGUGCUGCACAGAGGAAUAAAGGGGUCCUUGUUUAAAGUGAGUCAGCAGUGACUGACAGACUGCAUUGAGGGGAUCUGAGCCCUCCCCGUUCGUACUGUACAACACUGAGCUAUUUAGAUAGCACCAUGAACCCAGCACUAAUUAGGAGUCCCGUAACUCCUCCACACACUUUCACUCUGCACAUGUCGAGCACACACACAUGCACUUAAAAACACAGAGCAGUGAUUUAUUACAGCACCCUGUUCUCGUAGAGGCUUGUUUAUUUCUUAUAUGCUGUAACGCAACUGCUCGUAUUCAAGAGAAGAUUCAGUAUUUCUACGGACCUGUCUACUCCUUCAUAAGCUAAUUAAGACCCCACUAGGAGCACUGACAGUUUCUCAGACUAAUUAUUUAUUAUUUCACAGUAACUGGUAUUAUUCACGUCUUUUCCGGGAUGUGAGGCAAUUAAUCUGAAAAUUCAUGCGCAUCCUUUCAAGUAGCCGUGUUACACAAUCUAAUUAUUCCCACCAUGGACGGCUGACUUGAAAGUGGUGAUUUUAUACACUGUUGACUUGCAGUAGCAUGGAUUGAAAUGCUAAUGUUUUCAUUUUGUGUGACUGUUAAGAGUUUGAUCAGUAAUUUAUUGGUAACAGCAGUCUGAAACCCUAAAUUUUAACUCAUAGAGAGUCUGAUGUUGCUGCUGAUUGAUUUGUUGUGUGGAUCACGCCUGCCUCAUCUACCUGUCUGUUUUAUAAGCUACAGUUUUAAUCCACCAUAUUCACAAAGAGGGCUUUUCCCCCGGUGUAAAGCUCAGGGUUGGAGGCUUAGCACUUCAUGGGAAAAAUGGUUGUCCUUCUGUGUUUCAGGGAUGAAAAUGAAUGGAAAUAGAGUCUCACAAAUGGCUUCCAUUUUACUGCUAAAGUGUGUCAAGACAGUACAGGAAGAAAGUAAGGAGGGGAAUUUCAGUAGCAAUUUAUGCCCAUUCAUUCUGUAGAGCUUUUAUAAGGUCAGGCACUGAUGUUGGACUAGAAGGCCUGGCUCACAAUCUC